AUGGCAUCUAUCCUAAAAUGGAUAAGGUCCAUUAUCCUCAGAGCACCAUCACCAUCCCUACACUUCCCCACAAACGGCUUCGAGGUCAUCCCCGACUCCGAAGUCCUUGAAGAGGAACAAUUCGAGAAAUUCCAGAAAGGAGAGUACUGCCCGGUGAAUAUCGGCGAUGUUUUCGCUUCUAAAUAUCAGGUUGUCGGGAAAUUGGGGUUUGGGGUUACGUCGACGGUAUGGUUAGCUCGUGAUCUUCAGAAGCGUCAAUAUGUGGCAUUGAAAGUAUACACACGCGGAGACGACCAUCAGGAAGAGUUCGAGGUUUAUCAACAUUUGAGCAAGGCCAAUCCCUCACACCGCGGCGCUCUCUAUGUAAGGACCGCCAUAGACACUUUCACUGUCCCUCGGGCUGGCGGCGACCAUAGCUGCCUUGUCCAAAUGCCUAUGUGGGAUAGCUUUAAGGACCUUCUAUUACGCAAUCCUACCCAUCGGUUUACUGAGGAUCUUCUUAAAGCUGGUCUUCAGCAGGUUUUCCUGGCGCUGGAUUAUCUACAUACGGAGUGCAAGCUUGUUCAUACAGAUAUCAAAGGCGACAACAUCCUCCAAGUGAUCGAGGAUAAACCAAUCCUCAAAGCCUUCACCGCAUCCGAAAUGUCUGACCCCUCUCCCCGAAAAUCCGUCAACGGCAUGCCCGUAUACGCAUCUCGACGAUUCGACCGGCCAAAAUUCUGGGGCCGAGCCGUCCUGAGCGAUUUCGGCUCCGCGGUCUCUGGGGAACUGAAGAGGAACCACGACGCCCAGCCGAAUGUGUACAGGUCGCCGGAGGUGAUGCUGCAAACCGAGUGGAGCUAUCCGGUUGAUAUAUGGAAUGUUGGUGUUAUGAUCUGGGAUUUGUUCGAGGACAAGCACUUAUUCUACGGCAAUGAUCCCCAUAUGAAGAUGUAUACCACGCGCGCCCAUCUCGCGGAGGUGGUGGGGAUGUUAGGUCCUCCGCCGCUUGAUAUGCUCGCGCGGGGGAAACGAAGUUGUGAGUUUUUUGCGGAGGAUGGACAAUGGAAAGCGGAGGUGGGAAUACCGCAAGAUACGAGUUUAGAGCAGGCGGAGGAGAAUCUCGAGGGGGAGAAUAAAGAAAUGUUUUUGAGGUUUAUGGGGGGGGGGUUGGCGUGGCGGCCCGAGGAGAGGAAGACGGCGAGGGAGUUGUUAGAGGAUGAGUGGAUUAAUUCGUGA